AUGGCAAAAUGGUUUCUUGGAUUAUAUAAACGAGACAAUUUUACCUCCCUCUGCAAUUUCAAAAGACCAGAGUUUCUAAUAGAUAAAGAUGGAUACUUGGUGGUCGAAAUUGCAUCUAAUAUACAACUUUCUGUGAAACAUUACCAAAAAACUAUGAUGAAUUCCCAGUUGAUAUGUUCCAAAGCCACUUGGAUAAAUUUCGUUGAAAUGUUUUUGAAGCAAAUUAUUAAUCGUAUUAAUAACCUAGCAUAUGAAAAUACUGCUGUAGAACAACUCAACCAUAUAAAAGAGAAUGGUGAAGUCGGUAGAACAAAGCCAGAUGGUACUGUUUAUUUUGUAACACCUAAAUACGUUUUUCUUUACAUUUAUAACAUGCCAAAUAACUGGUAA